AUGAUCAUGAAGAGUUCUUUAAGCCAUCCACUUUUUAAAUUUCCAACUGAAUUAUGGGAUCUUAUCUUAUCAUUCAUACCAAACUCAUUAAAAUCAUUCACCACUCAUUCACUCUUGAUUAUCUUUUAUCAAAGCGAACAACAACAAUCGAUUAUCUCAAACAACCAUCUGUUUCAUUCUAUCAAUCUCACAUCUCAUUCUCAACUCAAGACUUUGAUUAAUUCAAUCCAAUCUACAAAUCAUGAUUUCAAAACCUUACCUCGGACCUUUUCACUUAAAGCUUGGAAACUCAAGGAUAAUCAUUUGUUCAUCAAUUUAUUGAAUCAGAUUAGUAAGAAUUUAAGAGCUAUUGAACUUAAUAUUGGACCUCUCUUUGGUCCUGAUCAACUUGAAGAAGUCUUUGAAAAUGAGAAAUCUAAUCUUAAAGUCUUAUCACUUCGAUUCAACCAAAACGUUUCCAAAAGAUCUUAUGAACCGUUUUUGAAAGGAGCUUAUUUUGAUUCGACCAUUGAUUUGAUUUCCAAAUGGUCAGCUAAAAGUUCAUCAUUAAGAUCAUUUUCAUUUAUACAAGAUCCAGCACCACCACCUAUUAAAAAGAAAAAGAUGGGAGAAAUAGAUGAAGGAGGGAUAGCACAACCUAUUAUCUUAUUUAGGUUUGAAACGUUAAAGACUUUUACGAGUUCUUCGAUCGGUAAUCGGAUUGAAGAUUUAAGAAUCCGAAUUCCUAAUCGAAACCUUUUACCUUCACUUACACAAAAACUUAAUAACCCAUCAAGUAAACGAUUGUCUAGAUUAAAAACUUUGGAUCUUUCGACUACUUCUUUAAACCAUCAAUCUGUUUUAACGAUCUUAAGAAAUUAUCCUUCAAUUGAACAUUUAAUUUUGGAUAGAACUCAUCUGAUCGUUCCAGUUAGGUUUGAUGCCGAUCAGGAAAGAGUGACAGAAACGUUAAAGAACAUUGGGAUGAGUGUGGCUACUGUAGGGAUCUCUAGAGCUUUGGAUGCGAAUAGGGCAUGGCGUGAAGUGGUUGAAAAGAUUCAAGUUCAACGGAAUUUGAUUUUAAUGCAACAUGAUCGGAAUCGAGAUCAGCUUCGAGAUUCAAGUCAUGGGAAUGCUUUGAGUAGUGGAAGUAGUAGUGGGUUGAAUAGUAGGAGAAAUCAUACAAGGGUAAAGAAACCUGGAAGGAGCGCUUUUGCUAGUGGACCAAUGAAACAAGCAAGACUUACAUCAGAACCUUUUCCCUCAGUAUCACAACUUACUAAAACUUCAAUUGAAAUUCAAGAAACGAUUUUACCCACCAAGAUUGUGAUCAUCCCAUCUAAACCUAAAUUGAAAACCUUAAGUGUUGGUACGAGCAAGGUUACCCAAGAAGUUAGGAAUCAAUGGAAAGAAUGGUUUGAAGAAAGUUAUAGAGAUGGAAUAGAAAAGUAUAUUAAAAAUGUAUAUGAAAAGAUUUAUGAGUUUGAAAGGAAUUUAGAACUUUGGAAUUCGAAGAAAAAUAAAGAAGAAGAAGAAAAUGAAGAAAGAACUAAACCAUUGUUAUUGAAAUUUGAUGAUGAGGAUCAAAGUAUAGAUUCAAAUGAAACGGAGAAAUCAAGAUUUAGUCAACCGAUUCUAGAGUUUUUAAACCAAUUUAAUUUAAGGAUUACUUCAAUUGAAGAAAUUUUAAAGGAUUUACAACCUAUUGAGAUCCGAUUGGAUACCCAAACUUUAAACAUUCCAAUCUUUUGUUCUAUACCAGAUUGUAAAAGGUUAGGAAAAGUGGUUUGGGAUACGGAUAGAAGAGAAAUUGAUUUGAUUAGGAUUGGUCAACAAUUGACUAAAUUGAAGAUUGAAGAAUGUGUGGUUGAAGAUCAAGAAGUUGGAAAAGUCAUGGAUGUACAAGAUCAUGAUGAUGAUGAUGAUGAUGAGUUGGAAAAAGAAGAUGGUGAACAUUUGGUUGGGUGUGGUCAUUUUAUUAAUCGUAGGAUUUGGGAUUCGGAGUAUUGGUGA